AUGGGUCUCGGACUUGGUGGUAAUAUGUUGUCUGUUUUUGAUAACCGGUUUCAUGGACCAAUUCCAAUUUCAAUAUCCAAUUUGUCAAAACUCGAAGAGCUUUAUACUGGCGGAAAUAGUCUUUAUGGGAAAGUCAUUGUUCAUUUUGGAGGCCUAUCAAGUCUCACUAGGCUUUUAUUUGCUUCGAAUCAUUUGGGAAGGGGAGAGGUCGAUGACCUGAAUUUUGUCAAUACAUUGACCAACUGUAGUGGUUUAACACUUUUGGGGCUUAGUGAUAAUGGGUUUGGUGGGGUGCUCCCCAAAUCGAUAGCAAACUUAUCGACCCAACUCACAUGGCUCUCUCUGUCAAAUAAUCAAUUAUCUGGAGAGAUCCCAGUGGGGAUCAGGAAUCUUGUAAGCUUACAACUCUUGGGCUUAUCUGGUAACUUACUAGAAGGAAGUAUUCCAACUUCAAUUGGGAGACUUCAAAUGCUUAUUAAACUCGAGUUAUAUGGGAACAGAUUAACAGGGCCAAUCCUUUCUUCUCUUGGGAAUUUGACAUUCUUGAUUCAGCUCUAUUUAGGAGAUAAUCACUUGCAAGGGAAAAUAUUUUCAACUCUUCGAAAUUGCAAAAAUUUGCUACGGUUAGGCUUUUCUGGUAAUAGUCUCCAUGGUAACAUUCCCAAAGAGAUAUUUGGUAUUUCCACAUUACUAGAGCUUAACUUGAGUAGAAAUUCUUUCUCUAGUUCUCUACCUUUGGAAGUGGGUCAAUUGAUCAAUCUUGGAAUGCUCGAUCUUUCUGAGAAGAUGUUGUCUGGUGAAAUCCCUAGCACCCUUGAUACUUGUACAAGCCUAGAGCACAUUUUUAUGGAGGGUAACCUAUUUCAAGGAUCUAUACCAUCGUCUCUGAGUACUCUAAGAGGUCUUCAAGAUUUAGAUCUUUCACACAACAACUUCUCUGGUUUUAUCCCAAAAUAUUUGGUUAAAUUUAAGUUUCUACAAAAUUUAAAUUUAUCAUUUAAUCAUUUGGAGGGUGAGGUAUCAGUAGAUGGAGUCUUUGGAAAUUUGAGCGCAUUUUCAGUCAUUGGAAAUAAUAAGCUUUGUGGAGGUAUACAAGAACUUCAUCUGCCAGCAUGCCAAAUUCAGAAAUCAAAAGAUGGUAGACCUCAUGUUAUCAAGCUAAUAGUCAUCAUAUGUGGUUGUGGGGGCUCUUUAAGUUUGAUUUUUUUUAUGGUUUUAUUCAUCAUCUGUCGGAAAAGAAAAGAGAAGAAAGAAUCCACUUUAUUUUUUAUAGAGAGUCGUCAUUUUAAGAUCUCUUAUGCCCAACUCCUUAAAGCUACCGAUGGAUUUUCUUCUGCAAAUUUGAUUCGAGUGGGGAGUUUUGGUUCUGUGUACAAAGGAGUUAUCAAUCAUGGGAAAACUAUUGUUGCAGUAAAGGUCUUCAAUCUUACACAAAGAGGGGCUUCCAAGAGUUUCAUGGUUGAAUGUCAAUGCCUCAGAAACAUACGACAUCGUAAUCUUGUAAAAAUCUUAACAUCUUGCUCAAGUGUAGAUUUUAAAGGCAAUGAUUUUAAGGCUCUAGUAUAUGAGUUCAUGCCCGGUGGGAAUUUGGAGAGCUGGUUACAUCAACAUCCAAAUGGCGUACAAGAUGAACAAAGGCAUUUAAACCUUGUUCAAAGAUUGAAUAUCGCCAUUGAUAUGGCUACAGCAUUGGAUUAUCUUCACCACCAUUGUCAUACACAGAUUAUUCACUGUGAUCUAAAGCCAAGCAAUAUUCUUCUUGAUGGUGAUUUGACUGCACAUUUGAGUGAUUUCGGGGUAUCAAGAAUUCCUUCAAAUGCCACAAGUGGAUCUCAAAAUCACACGAGCUCAAUCGAAAUAAAGGGAUCUAUUGGAUAUAUUCCACCAGAGUAUGGUGCAGGUGUUAAUGUUUCAAAGCAUGGUGAUGUCUACAGUUAUGGGAUUCUCUUGUUAGAGAUGUUCACAGGGGAGCGUCCUACCAAUGAAAUGUUCAAAGAUAAUUUUAAUCUGCAUUUUUGGGCUGAGAUGGCUUUGCAUGAUGGAGUCAUAGAUGUCGUCGAUGUCGACCCAUCACUUCUCCCCAUGGAAGAAGAUGAUGAAGAGGCAAUAACAGUUGUAACCACCAUCACUAGAAGCCGAAGAUGCAUGAAAGAUAGAGAACAAGAGUGCCUUAAUUCAGUUAUUAGAAUUGGAGUUGUCUGCUCAGCUAAAUCACUAGGGGAUCGAAUGGACAUAAAUGAUGUGGUCAAAGAGCUACAUUUGAUCAGGGAUAUUUAUCUUGGAGUGAGGAGCCAGAUGGAGGAGGAGCUUGAGAACUUUUUCAAGAAGUUCAAUGUGAAUGGGGGAUGGAAGAAAUCGUUCUUGGUCCAGACUCUGAACAGGGUGUAA